UGAGCAACUCUUAAAAUUUAUUGAAUUUUUCUUUAUAACGUACUAUCAUAAGCCAUAGCAAAAUAGCGCUGUUAUGGAUACAAAAUACUGCAAGCACCUACGAAUCAGAGGUGAUCGCGAAUACGACAUAGACUUAGAAGAGUUUAUUAAAGUUCUAGAGAAACAAUAUAAAUUCGACUUCAGGUCUUUGCCGGAAUGGAAGAAACUAAUAGAAAUAAUGUAUGUAGUCCGAACUCAAUACCGAAAUAAACUUAAAGAAGCUGCAAAACGGGAAUUUGAAAUUAUAGAGACCCUCAAAAAAGAAUGUUUAAAACCUAUCGAACUUAGUAAUAGAUUGGCAAGGGUAGCAAAAAAAUGGGAACUCUUGUAUUCUAAAAAGAAAAAACGCGAGGUCACACCAAGUUACCAAGACAUCUUUAUUUUUAAUGAGGAACUAAAAAGUGACCUCGAAUAUGUGUACGAAGAAAGUGACGUUAAAUCAACAGCACAUCCAAACACGGAAGUGAUACAAUCAAAGGACGUGCUGGUAACAAAAUCAGAUAGAGAUUCAGAUUUGAAAUCAAUCAGCUCACCGCAACUUCCGGUCGUCGUUUGCACAAAUCAACAUAAAAAACUUUCCUCUAUCGGUUCAAAGUAUUCAGCAUUAUCCCCCAUAGGAAGUAAACAUUUUUUAACCACAAUCAAAUCGGAUUCAGAUAAAGAUAAUAUUGUUUUCUGGCGUCAAAUUAAAGAUAUACGAGUUAGUCCUGGUGAAGUGGCUCUUGAUAUAAAUAAAAAUAAAAAGCAAAUCCUUAAUUUAUCUAUCACAAAUCGCAGCACUAAAUAUUUACAUUUGCGGUUCCAAAGUAUUGUGGAUCCUUCUUGCUUCAAAGCUUUUACUAUUACCCCCGCUACGCCAGUAAAAUUAUGGCCUGGUUUGACGUCUGUCUUUAAAUUGAUGUUUAAGCUUAAACAGUCUAUGGAAGCGACAGAAAUUAAAUCGAAGCUGUGCUUUAAAGUUGGUUUUAAUGUUUUAUUCGAAGGGAAAGAAGAUAUAUUAUUCCACGUUCCUAUUGUUAGCAAAACUGUUGGAGACAGCACUAUUUCUGUCAUUAAAACUGUCAAUAUACCUCCAACUUAUCAAUGGCAUGUGUCGCGCAAAUUUGGAUAUCCAAGAGGUUUAGGUUACGUCUGUGUCAUAGGUGACAGUAAAUACGAUAUGUAUGUACGAAAGAGAGAUAUGUCUUAUGAUCUUGAAGAUAGUAAUGACUCGGUUAAAGUGGUCAGUCCAGAUUCAGAGAGCCAGGUUCUAAGAGAAGAAGAUAUCGACAGAGAUCUCCAGAAUGAAACCUUACUAAAUCAAAAAGUUACACCUAUUGACGACACGGCAAAUGAAGAAAAUGUAAUUACACCGUUAGAUAUUGUUGUACUCUUGCUGGAAGACGUUCUAGAUCUAACAUUUCAGCCAUUUGUUUUUAAACACACUCAUUUAAAAUUACUACCAAAAUGUAAGAAAAUAUUCGAAAUAUAUCUAACAAAGUCAGACCACAUUGGGUUUUAUAAUGCAUAUUAUGAUUUAGAAUUUCAAAAUUCACAUACACAUGAAGUUGUAAUCACCAAAACUAUAAAAGUUUUCGCUGAGAUUCUUCCUCCUCCCAUAACAAUAACGCCUCAAAUUUUGGAUAUGACACACUCGCCAAUAACGUUUGGCUUUUGUAGAGAUUAUUUUACAAUUGUCAACAACCAUAAUGUAUGUCCAGUUACUGUCACAAUACAAACAACAACCAAAAUGCAGAGGAUAUUUAAAAUUACACCAAUGGUAACUUUCAUCCCUGGAAAAUGCUGCACUAAAUUUGAAGUGAGCUUAUGUCUGCAGAAUUUUAAAGAAAAUGAUUUAAAUGAACUAUCAUAUUUCUCAAUAAAAAUUGUUAUAAGUGGCGACAAAUCUAUUUAUAGUUGUUUCCCACCAAUUUUUUACGAAAUCAUAGCACCUUGUGCAAAAGUAUUUAAGCGAAUUUAUGGAAAGAAAUAUUUUCGUGACGUCUCUGAUUCCGAUCAAUGUAUAACAUAGCCUAAAAACGACUUCAUCAAAUAUACAACAUAAAAUUAUCAUCAAACGAUCGUAGUUAACAAUAAUUAAACACAAACUCACUGCGUUCAAAUGAAAUACUUUAUAUAGUGAAAAGUCGUAACUAACUUACCUGGCUC